CUUCCGUGCAGUGUGGUUCGUAGUGAACAAAGUGAUACAAUACCCGUGCUUCAAGUGUACAUCACCCACCCGAUAUCCGGCAAUUCAACUUUCAACUAGUUCUCUCAACAAAGCAAGAGACCAGCAAAGAGCUGCCCGCGAUAUUACCAAGCAGGGACGUGAUUUGAUUUGUUCACCACACUUUUCGACAGCUAAUAAACGUAUACAGAGAAAAAUGGAAGCUACCGGCCAGGAUAACUCUGCCACGACCUACCCACGCGUUAAGCCCGACUUCAAGUCGGAGCUGGAGUCGUUCCGCACGGAGACGCUGUCCAAGGCGGACACGCAGGAGAAGAACUGUCUGCCGACCGCCGCCGACGUACAAAGCGAGAAGGCGCAGCGUAGCGUGAUCGAGGGCAUUGAGGGAUUCGAUGCCUCCCGUCUGAAGCACGCCGAAACCAAGGAAAAGAACCCGCUGCCGGAUGCGGAAGCUAUCCAGGCCGAGAAGGGCGUCCAGCGGUUCAUCGAAGGUAUCGAGCAGUUCGAUACUUCGCGCCUGAAGCAUGCGGAGACGCUGGAGAAAAAUCCGCUGCCAACGCGUGAAACCAUCGAGGAGGAGAAGCGCGCCUAAGCAGCAUUAUGGGCAGCGCCCAACAUCAGUAGUCGUGCUCCAUGUCCCGGGGUGAAAUGGAUAACGGCGGUGCAUAAAAAAAGCGGCAGACGUACGAAGGGGCUGCAACAUGACGGAGGAUUUAUCAGUAGUAGUGGUAGUAGUACACGGGGGAUAACAGCAGUAAAACAUACCGGAUGGAGGCGAUCAAGGCGAAACAGAUGUGAAGUUAACAAUAUCAACAGAAGAACCCGCCACCCGAACACUACCGGCCCCCAAAACGGCAUGUUACAAGAUCUCACAAGCUUCAUUUUGCGGAUGUGUAUAGGGUGGACUUGAUGCUUCCGCGUCUUUCAGCCUGUGAAUAUAUUAAUGCUGCCCCCGGUUGGUGUAACAGUGCCCGCCGUUAACAUUCUUCACCAUCAUUCUUACCUUUUCAAUGGCUGCGCUCUCUCAAUUAUACAUAAAUAUUCUGCUUAUCACAUUGAGCUAUCCUACACCGGAAACUGCUCAACAACCGUCAACAAUUUUUAGAGCCAAAUCAACAGAAAGGAGAUGAUAUGAUUGAAUCCUAAUUCAGGGAGAUCUUCAUCCGGAAAGAUCUGAAAACUGAAACGUUCAAUGUAUGCAAAAACGAUCGAAAACUGUACGUGACAGAGCAUUACAUGAAACAUAUUUCGCUCACCUAAUUACCUCGAAUCGCAUCUUAAUAGGGACAGCAUUUACCAAUACCUAUAACAUACGAGUACCAAUAAUUUGCAUUCAUUCGGGAAAAUAGCUUCUGUAGAGCGAUUUAGUUACUAUUUUACAAGAAAACAAGAACGUAACAAUAGGAAUUCAAAAAGACUUGAAAACAUCAAACACCAAAUGGGAGAUGAAAAAAGGAACUCUCCUCCUGCAAUAUAAAAGAAGCGAAUAUUUUAACAACACGAAGAAAAAACAAAACAUUGAAGGGAGAAUGAGCUGACAUAUAAAUUUUCAUUAUUUAGUUUUUCCCAAACACAUCAAUCCAUGUAUCAAUAUAUUAUGUUUCGGUAGGGAUGAUAGGAGCACGACUAUUACUUAUAGAAAUAAUAAUAAUUAUUUAAAAACUCGAAAUCAAACGAAAAAGUUGUGUUUGGUGUAAUCUAAAAACAAAAUUUAAAAAAAAACCAUAAAGUGAAGAAUCAAGAGGGGAGAACUAUUGAAAAGGUGUCUCUAGAUUUGGUAGAGACGCUUUUAAACCAAGCAAAUCCUCACGCAUUUUUAUAUACAUGAAAAAGACUGUGUUGCUGCGUUGUCGGGGACAAAAAAAAAGAAACAAAACGAAUAACGAAAGGGGAUGGAAAAACAAUGCACGCGACUAUUUAAAUUGCGUCCUCAGUGUAUUAAAGAGUCGUGCGUGUAUUUUGUCAAAUUAAUGCUAUUAAUUAGUAUUUUCUACUGCAGCGAAAACGAAAGGAUUCCUUUAGAAACAUCAAUGUCGAUAGCUGAGAAGAAGCUGGGGUGAUAAAAAAAAACAGUGGGACUGUUUCUUCCUAUGCCUAGCACAGAAAAAAGCAUACAAAGAAUGCGAAUAUGGGAGAUAUAUUGAUACUAAUGUGCUGAAACGAAUUUCAUAACUACACAAACUCACACACGCAUCUGUAGAUGAAACCAAAAUAUCGUAAAUAGUGUGCGAGAAGCGAAGAAAAAUCAGCUUAAUGUUUAUUAUAGCACUACCAUAAAGACGACUCUUAAAAACUCGUACGAAUGUACGGCUUGCCAUAGGCAAUCUGAUAUCAGGACCCUGCUGCCUACUUGUGGAAAGCUCUCAGCUUCAUUUAAUAACGAAAAGAAGAAAAAACGAACACACACACAUUAAAUGGAUGUGAAAAACACAUAAUUCAGGCUGGUUUAUUAACGUGAAGGUAACAUCUUUAGACAUUCUACGUGGCGCUGCCACUCGGAUAGCAGAAGGUGGCGACAUUAUACACUCGAUACCCGCCGCCAUCGAAUCGAUUCUAUAGAACGAAAAAUAAAAGAAAAGAACGAUGAUUCGAUUUAAAAAGAUCCAAUGCGAUACAAGAAUAUGUUUUCAUUAAGACAAACUCUCUCCAAAGGAAGAAGAAAAAAAAAGCAGGAACCUAUAACAUGAUUUGAUGGUAGUCGAAAUGGAAAGGAAAUUUUACAGGAAACAAUUAACAACGAGAUAUAGAUAGAAGAGCAUAGUGCCGAAACGCAUAGAGAUCGUAGAAUGCUGCCAAAAAAAAACCUCUAUAGAGCAGCAAGCAAAA